CUCAUCUUCAACACUAAUAUAGAUCAAGAAGGCAUGGCAGAUAAUAAGCCGCACUUUGGAAAAACUCCCGCAUGUGACUAUUGUAGGAGCAAAAAGCUCAGAUGCUCCAAAGACAGGCCGAUAUGCAUGAGCUGUGCAAGGUCUGGGAGGCCGUGUCGUUAUAGCGAGAGGACUCAGAGAACCCCUCUCACGCGAGACUAUUUGACCAGAGUUGAGAGACGCCUCGCAAACGUGGAGCGCCUAUUUCACCAGCUACUCCCUGAUGUUGACAUCAAUGAAGCCCUCGCGUCGCGGGAUGUGGAAGUACCGGCAGACGCAUCCCAACCGAAUACAUCUGUGUCGCCACCGAUAAAUCCUUCAUCACCUGAUACUCCAGUCCAGGCCAGCGGUGCCAUUUCAGAUGCAGUGCCUGCAGAAAGCGAUGGCUUCGAUUGGCAGGAAGACGUGGACGAGCUGACUGAUGGGAUGGCUUCGUUGUCCGUUGAGCCAAGAGGGGCUGGGUACUUGGGACCGACUGCUGGUGUCUUUUUCCUUAGAUCACUACUCCUCUGGACCGGUCAUUCGAGGCCCUUCAUGGGCAAUAGUCCCGAAGUUCUACGACCCUACGCUGGAGUAAAAUUUUCGUCCCAGUUAUCUAACUCGGUCGCAUCAAGACAGGUUAUCGAACAAUUGGUGAAUGGCUAUUUUGAUGUCUACCACCGCAGCUAUCCUUUCGUGCACGAACCCACCUUUCGAGCCCAGCUUCACGAGGUCAUACGGCGACCAAAUCAACGCUCAUGGCAGAUGCUGCUCUAUACCAUCAUGGCACUAGGAGCGUGGUGCCUUAACAAUGACAAGGCUGAACUUGAUGAUGAGCUUUACCAUCUCGCGCUCUCGUUUGGGGAUGCCGAGUGCUUGUUCGCAAGCGCAGAUUUGUCCUUUGUCCAAGCUCUCAUCCUGUUUAGCAAUCUAAGCCAGAAGCGUAAUAAGCCCAACACCGGAUCUAACUUUCUCGGGCUCGCGACACGAAUGGCUCUGAGUUUGGGUCUUCAUAGAGAGUUGCCGGAGUGGAACAUCAGUCUCUUGCAGCGAGAGAUGCGCCGUCGUGUUUGGUGGGGGCUGUAUAUGUUUGACAGUGGUGCUUCGACGACCUUUGGAAGGCCGAUCCUUCUCCCUGGUGAGGAAGUCAUGGAUGUGCGACCGGUUCUUAAUAUUGAUGAUGGAGACCUUACGAGUGGGACAAAAGUCCCCCCAGAAGAGGUAAAUAGGCCGACGCUGUACUCAGGCAUGAAGUAUCAGAGCGAUCUACAUGUCAAAUCCAACUACAUCUCCAAUCGCCUGCUCUCAUCAUCAUGCGUGGCACCAGAAGACGCGCUAUCCAUGGAUGCAACACUGGACAAGUGGUGUAGCACAUUACCAGAGUAUCUCAGGCUGGAUCAUCAUGUGCCAUCAGCUGAGCCUGCGUUCUUCUUCAACAGGUCACGCCUGUGGUGGCGCUUCUGGAACCUCAAGAUCAUCAUCUUCCGCCAGCUGUUUCUCAAGCGAGCCAUUGGCAGGGGAAAUUCCAGCAUGGCGGUACCAGAUAAUGAGGUCGAUGAAAGGUGUAUGGGCAUUGCGAUACGCGCUGCGAGUGCGACGAUAGCGUCGAUUGAUCAGUAUACGAAGGAGAGACAGGGAAGCAGGCUUGUGACUUGGUACUCCAUCUAUUUUACAUUCCACGCUUCCUUGGUCAUCGUCCUCGCUAUCCUUAGCAACUUAGAAUCACCAGACAUGCCUAAGUGGCAGGACGACGUCAACACGGUCCGCCACAUCUUCCGAGGAGUAUUUACAAACAAUGAGCUCGCUACUCGCUGCGCCAACAUCAUCGACGUUAUCUUGCCAGACCCUCUGUUGACAACGAGUGAUUGGGCAAAUGUCCAGCUCGAUCCCAUGCUGAUGGACUUUUCGACGUGGCCGGCAGCUUCUGCUGAUGAGUUUGCCAGUGUUCUUGGCUGGCCUGACUGGGCUAAUUUUAUGCAGUAGAUGGACUUAUCGGACGCCGUUCUGCAAGGGGUCAUCAGUUUAUGAUGCGUACAUUUGGUGCGAUGAGAUGGGAUCUUAUGUAUUCUCCAUUUGGUAUAUCGUUUUCGUCGGCCCGCUUGAUCGCUGCUCCUAUCGUCGUCUCGAUCCCGGCUUUGAGGUGUCGGGAUGCCAGCCGUUCCCGAGCGAUGUCGACUGGGAUAUCGACAAACCAUCUUAACUUCGAGUUAGCCUAAGAUACAAUUUAAUGAGCAACCACCGAAACUUACUUGUCAUCUGCUAAUAUUGAAAUGCGACUCCAUGGCUCUUGGUUUAAGAGUACAUAGUUGCCUUCGAUGAUAACAACUUUGGCACGCGAAGGAAUCUC